AUGGCCGAGACGGCCGACGCCCCGCUCCUGACGAGCCACAAGCAGGCCAAGCUGGCCAAGGCGCCGUCCAUCGACGACACCAUCGAGACGUACAUCGGCGCGACCGGUUCCAUGCAGCUGCUUAAGGCCGUUCUGCUGGCAUUCGCGUGGGCCUUCGACGCGCAGCAGGUGUUCAUCUCCGUGUUCACGGACGCGGAGCCGGAGUGGCACUGCACGGGCGCCUCGGCGUCCUGCUCGCCGGCCGCACCCCCGGCCUCGCCGUGCGCGCUCCCCUCUGGCGCGUGGGCGUGGGACCGGCCGGCCGAGACGACGGUGGUCUCCGAGUGGGCGCUCAAGUGCGCCGGCCCGGCCCUCGUCUCGCUCCCGGCGUCGUCGUUCUUCGCCGGCUGCCUGGCGGGCGGGUUCCUGCUCACCACGCUCGCGGACUCGCUCCUCGGGCGCAAGAAGAUGCUGCUCACUUCCCUGGUGUCCAUGUCCGUCGCCGGCGUGCUCACCGCGUUUGUGCCGAACGUGUGGGCGUACGCCGCGCUGCGGUUCGUGUCCGGGUUCGGCCGCUCCAUGGUGGGCACGUGCACGCUGGUCCUGUCCACGGAGCUCGUCGGGAAGAGGUGGCGCGACACGGUGAGCGUGGCCGGCUUCAUCUUCUUCACCGUCGGGUUCCUGUCCCUCCCGGCGCUCGGCUACACGUUCCGCGAGGCGUCAUGGCGGAACAUGUACCUCUGGACGUCCGUGCCUUCGCUCUGCUACUCCGUCAUACUUUACUUUCUCGCCCAGGAGUCGCCGCGGUGGCUGCUGGUGCGCGGCAGGAAGCAGGACGCCAUGGAGACGCUGCAGCAGAUCGCGUCGCUCAAUGGCAACAGCAUCACGUCCAGCUUCUCCAUGCUGCACGCGUGCAACAUGCAGGAGGACGACGGAGGCGCCGGCGGAGCCGGGGCCGUGUUCUCCACGAUGCGGGCGAUGUGGGAGCGGCCGUGGGCGCUACGGAGGCUGGCGGCGAUCAUGACGACCGCCUUCGGCGUCGGCAUGGUCUACUACGGCAUGCCACUCAACGUCGGCAGCCUGGGGACCAACCUCUACCUGAGCGUCACGUACAACGCUUUGGUUGAGCUGCCGUCGGCCAUCCUGUCGUUGAUCUUCAUCGGCCGGAUCAACCGGCGGAGCUCGGUCGUCGCGCUCACCGUGGCGGCCGGUGCCUUCAGCCUCGCGUGCGUCGUCAUCCCAGAGGGCUCGGCGGCGCGUAUGGCGGGCGAGUUGCUCUCCUUCUUCUCGACCAUCACGGCGUUCAACCUCAUCCUGAUCUACUCCAUCGAGCUGUUCCCGACGUCCGUGCGCAACUCGGCGGUGGGGCUGGUGCGGCAGGCACUGGUGCUGGGCGGCGUGGUCGCACCCAUGCUCGUCGCGCUCGGCCGCGAGCGGAGCUUCUGGUCCUUCGGCGUGUUCGGGCUCUGCAUCGGAUGCUUGGGGCUCUUCGCCGCCUGCCUCCCGGAGACCAGGGGGCGGAGCAUGUCGGACACCAUGGAGGAGGAGGAGCACAAGGAGGCCGCCGCUGCGGCUUGCACCAGUGCAACCGACAUCGCCACGAAGGAUGAUAGCGACCUCGUGUAG